AUGUCUUGCGCAGGCCAGAAAUUCUACAGCAAGGCCCACAGGGAUAGUCAUCCCGAGCAGUUCUUCCAGCACCGCGGUAAAGGCCGCUACUAUCCAGUUUCCGCCGAGGGCGCCACUGUCCCACCGCCACAGCUUCUUCAGAAGUUCAAGGCGGAGAAGAAGCAGACUAAAGCAUCUCUCAAAACCGAGAAGGAGGCGACCAAACCAUCUCUCGAAACUGAGGGUGGUGAGGAAGACGCACCACUCGAGGCAAAAGUCCCUCGCAAGCGUCGUGCAGGCGUUGACCCUAACGACCAGCCUGUCAUUCUCAAGGAGACGCGUACGCGCAAAGGCAGCGCUCCCAAUGCUGCUAUUGACGUCGACGAGCAGCAGCAGCAGCCAGCUUCCAACGACGCAGAAGACGCGAGCACCACCACGGGCGAGAAGCGUAAGCGUUCUCUCGGCGACGACGAUAUCAGCGACGAGAUCCCCGUUGCUGCAGCCGCCACCGUCAAACUCCCCAACAAAAUCACUCCCAAGAUCAAGGCCAAGGCCAGCCCGCCGACGAAGAAGAAGAAGACAGCUCGCGCGGCACCCAAGCCUCGCAUGAAGCCUGUCCUUGAGGGCAUUGACGGCAUGACUUACAAGUAUCAAGGCCCCAAGAGUUUCCGGGAGGAGCGUGGUAUGGGUAAGACUCAGAUUGACGCCGACUUCGUUGCCAUGGGAAUCAUGGAGCCAGGCCCAGCCGCCGCCCGCGUCGCCGCAGCAGCUCGCCGUCCCGAACCCGUCGUGGACUCAACAACCCAACGCACCACCGGCACCCUGAAGCGUCUGCAAGAAGAACUCGAAGAAGCCCGCAAAGCCAUCUUCGAAAAGAAGCAAGACAAACUUGCCACUGCCGCCCGCAGCGGCGCCUCCAAGAAACACAGCAAGCAAAUCGACGUCGACGAGCCCGAUAUCGAUUUCCCAUCCAACUGGGUCCUCUUCGACCCCCGUCACGAUUUCCCUCCCGUUCACUCCCCACCUCCGGAAAUCUUCCAGCGUCUGCAGCAUUUCAAGCCCGCCAACUCCAAGAUUGUGGCGUACAAUGUUGAGAGCUAUGCUUGUGCUCUUCGGCAGACUCCCGCGGCUUUUGAGGGUUGUGAGGUGCAGUAUGGUCGUAGCGGUAUGAAAUUGGUGAAGCUCAAGGAGAAGAAGACUGAGGCUAGAAUCGACAGUCCGAUUGAGAUUGCUGAUUCUGAGGAGGAGUGA